ACAGAUCGAGGAGCGAUGCCUUCAGGGUUGACUGCGUUGUGUCUCUUACUCCUGCCCACUGGAGCUCUGGGAUUUGGGAUCAUUUCAGGAGAAUCUUUGAGUCAUUUGGAUAUCACUGAGCAAGCUAUUUUAAAUGUCACAGCCCAGGUUUGCUUAGAUCUGGCCCAAGCUGAAUGGGACCACGUCACUCCUGAAAUUCUCACUGUAAGAGCUGUCGCUGAAGCCUGCGGCGCAUCGGGAUCCUGUAAGACUUUUCGUCAAGCCAUACAUUUCAUCAAAGUAAGGAAUGUUCGCGUGGACUUUCGAUAUCCGUUAUCCUAUGAAUUCCACUUUGACAGUGAAACAUUCGAUGAAGGAAGGAAAAUAGUUGCAGAGGGACUGCUGGCUAUCAAAGCCAGCCUCAACCAGGAAAACUACAAGGCAGCGAGGCAGAAACUGGGGGAGAUUCUACAUCCUGUACAGGACUACUACAGUCACACCAACUGGGUGGAGAUGGGGAAGACACGCCCAAACUCCAAUCUGCUCCGAUUCGGCACCAUCAUCGGUAACAUCGCAGAUAAAAGCAGAAAGACAUGUCGCGACUGUGACGGAGACGACUGCAGGAACAACAUCUUGGAGGAUAUCUUAGAAGAGGGCAUCCUGACCUCUGGCUACUCUGCUAUCUUGCGGCCACCUCCGGAAGGAAAAUGCCUCCAUGGAGAGAUACCUGGUGUAACAGGUAUAAUAAACCUUAAAGGUGGGAUCAAUAAAGACUUUUUGGGCUCCAGCCAUGGACACCUCCACGUUGAAGCAGCACAUCUGGCUAUUGCUGCGACUAUGGAGGUGCUGCAGGACAUUCGAGGGGCUGCCGGCGACGAGAAGUUCUUAGAGAUGGUGGGAAUCUCCAGAGGAUCCAGCGAAACUCUUUGCCUUGUCAUUGACACCACAAAGAGCAUGCACGAUGAGAUUGAAGAAGUGAAAACCAUCGCUUCAGACAUCAUCAGUCAAGUGGAAACGGAGGACAAGCCAUCGAGUUAUACUGUUAUACCUUUCAAUGAUCCAGAAAUCGGGCCUCUGAAACACACUACAGACCCGGCAGACUUCAAGAAUAUUAUUAAUUCACUACAUGCAUCCGGAGGAGGAGAUCAAGCAGAACUAAGCCUUUCUGGUCUUCAGCUGGCUUUAACAAGCACUCAUUCAAACUCCGAGAUCUUCCUCUUCACGGAUGCACCUGCUAAAGAAGUAAACCUGAAAAGCGCAGUGGUCGCACUGAUAGAGUGGACACAAACAGCGGUGAACUUUAUAAUCACUGACCCAGUGAUGACCAGUCGUCGGAGGCGGGGCGUUGAUGAACAAGCCAGAUGCAUAUCAGCAGCGGAUGCCCAGCUGUACCGAGACCUGGCUCAGGUGUCAGGAGGUCUGGCUGUUGAAGUCACAGCAAGUGAACUUCCCGUGGUCACAAGCCUCAUAGCCGAGUCCAGCAGCGCCUCUCAGGUGAUCCUUCUCCAUGCAGCCAGGAACCAUGGAAAAGACACCUUCCAUUUUCUAGUUGAUGAAACAGUACAAAAUCCAACAGUUUACAUCACAGGCCGCUCCGUCUCUUUCAUGAUCAAAAGCCCCACAGGUGCUUCUCAGCUGAGCACCGAAGCGAUUUCAGUGGAUUCACUCUUCAUUUCGUCUGAGUUGGUGGGAAACUUCCAGACUCUGAGGCUCCAAAAACAAGUUGGAAAUUGGGAAAUAACAAUGGUGUCGACUGAACCCUACAGUCUGAAGGUUGUAGGUCAAAGUCCUAUCAACUUCUAUUUUGAGUUUGUGCAGCCUGUACAUGACUUGUCCCCACAAUUUGAUGUUCUUGAGACGCGUCCCAUAGCUGGUGUCUGCAGCAGCUUGCUGGUGUGCGGGAGUGACUCUGCCACGUCCUUAGCGGUCACUCUGGUCGAUGUGAUGGGAUCAGAAUUGGUUACCGUGGAGGCGGUGCAACAUGAGGAUGGUUGCUUCUUGGCCAAGAUCAGCGAGAUGCCGUCAGUGACGUUUGUGUUGCUGGUUUAUGGACGAGAUGACAGUUUUGCCUCCAUCGGUUCGACAGUAGUCUUCCAAAGGCAGUCAUCCACCAGCUUCACACCUUCUGAUGUGACAAUUGCUGAAGAUUCACAACGCAUCCUGGUACCGGGAAUACCGCUCUCUGUACCCUUCACUGCAAAGUCCACGGCAACGUGGGGAAACUUCAUCGUCAAAGCCAGUAACAGCAAACAUUUUGACUUAUCGUUCAAGUCCAGUUUAGCCAUUUGUGCUGAUGGCAGUGCCUCCGGGACAGUGACCAUCACUGCACCCCUUGACGCCCCGUCUGGUACUGACGUCACCCUGACCAUUGAGGUUGACGCUCCCGGAGAAGGAGCCGCCAACUAUGUUGUGAUGCGUUUCACCAUUCUUUCAACGGUGACUGAUUUCACUGAGCCACAGUGUGAGCUGCUCAGCCUGCAGCCUGGCUGCUUUGCCGACUGCAGCUCAUCUGAGUGGGAGUUCUCCGUUCAGGUGACCGACGGGCCUGAUGGGACGGGUGUCGAACGUAUAGGCAUCAGAAGAGGCCACGGGACCAUAAGCACAAGCCAGAAUCCUGAGAACAAGGACUCAGUACUUGUGUCGUACACGGGCUCUUGCUGUUCGCCUGAGGUCGAGCUGCUGGUUGUGGAUCGAGUGGGUAAUGUAGGCUCCUGCGUAUACACAGUCUGGCCUUCGGAAAGCUUUUUGUCCACCGGAAUGCCUCACUUAACCUAUAUUGUCAUGAGCAUAGCGGCAAUAGGAAUGUAUUUAAUGACAGGACUACGCAGCUAGUGACCCCAUGUCAAAUGUAUAACUCCAUAACGAUUAUGUGUUUUCAUGUUCAGUAGUAUUCCAAUAUUAUUCCAAAUAUGACAAUAUUCCCAGUCCGAUUUGGCUUUAUGCUCUUUGAUUAUUUGGAAUCGGGGGUUUUUGCAGAAUGCAUCACCUGCUAAUUGAAAUGUGUAGGAUAUGCUGAUGUCAGCCGGGUUUUUAAGAACUAUCUCUCGAAAUGUAAGCGGCGCAUUUACACUAUGUCUAGCACCUGUCACUAAAGUUCACAGUCAAUCUCUAUCUAUUGUAGAAAAAAGCAUCUGUGCAUCAGUUAGCAAUGUUGACCUUUUCCAGGAGGUGGUUGAUCUGAGCGUGCAGGGCAGUGACGUUA